GUCUCUCUCUCGGUCGUGCACACAUGAACACACGCGGAGAAAGGGAAAAAGAAAAAGUCUAGGAAUAUAAAAAUACAAGGAGAAGAAAAGAAACCAAAUCUCUUUUAUACCUCCAUAGCAAGCAGUAGUAGUAGUCACUGAUGUGCUUUGUUAUUGGUUAGUAUGUACCUGGUCAAAAAAAGAAAAAAGAAAAAAAGAAAAAGAAAAACGCCGCCAGCUAUAUUCCUCCUCUCUUUAUAUUUCGCUCUACCAACAGUUUUUUGGUUUCUCCUCUGCUUCAAGGUACACUCAUAUCUAAAAAGUUGGCUGGGCUGUGUACUACAGCGUGGAAGUUUUGGGGCGGAGCGGUCUGUAUAGUGCUGCAUGGCGCGGAGUAGUAUAGACGAGUGGUAGAGGAGUGCUGUAGUGUGUGUUAGCUCUGGUCUGGCUGCUUUCCCUUUAGCUGGCUCAGUCAUUCCUUGGACGCCGUACCCACAACUGCCGCACGUCUGUUCCCUCCACUUGGCUAGAGCGUCUCUAGAUUUCGUGUGGUGCAAGUUCUUCUUCGUCUUCUUCGUCUUCUUUUCAGUUAUUACUAGACGACUCUUCAGUUGCAAGUUUUGUGUUAACUAGUUGGAGACUCGUCUCAUCUGAUGAACGCUGCUGCCCUGUGUGAUUAUACAAGUUGAAAUAAACCUUGGAAUUUGAGCGUUGCUGAGACGACCCAGAGAAUUUCGAGCCGCUGUCGCCCGCAAGACGAGAGUUCUCCUGAUUAAGUUGCAGGUUAGGAUAUCGCCAAGUAAGCAUGCACCAUUGAGAUGUUGUCCUCCUCAAGAAUGGCCUGUUCUAAAAUUGCGCUCGUGAUGGCCGUGCUGCAGUUGUGUUGCGCCACACGAGUAACAAGACAACAAUUGCCCAGCGAUCAUCAACAUCAUUCCAGAGCCCAGCACUCGGCAGUGCUGCUGAACAAAGGCACUGACAAUCACGACGACGACACGAAACUGCCGGCCGGCUGGAAUGGCCUUCUUCCCAUCCACCCACCGUUGGGUUCCAUUGACAGUGACACACGACCAAUUAGAAGCCGGAGACAAACCGGCACAGCAGUCGGUGGCACCGGCGGCAAUGGCGAGCGGCGAUCAUCACAGCUCCGGGCGACGUCGUCACCACAGGGCUUAUCGCUGCUCGACCUGCCCGUCUUCUCCCGCGGUGACAGACCCAGCUCGAUGGAUAAAACCUUGGGCGCCAUCUUCAGUAAAGUGGCCUUCUCAUCCGCCACCAACCAAUCGGGCGGGUCUGUGGCGUCACCCAACAACAAGAACGGCGAGGCCGAUAAGAUCGACGAGCGGAAUGCGGCAGCUGCUGCUGCUGGACCCCUAGACGGUCAGUCCAUCAAUUCGACAGGGUCCGCCGGCAGCGGCAGCGGCAGCAGCUCGACGACGACGACAGAAGCCUCAACGUCCAGCGAGAGCAAGAGCGUGCCGGCCCAUGGCGCCCAAGGCACAUUGGUUCCCGUCCGAUCCAAUAAGCCCGUCUUCGAGUUCGACACGCGCGUCUUUGAUUUCAUCCCCUACGACCGGACCCCGACUCCGUCCGACCCCAAUCGCCAGUACAACCCCAACGUGCCUGGCCUGAGGGGACCGUCGCGGAUCAACACGGCCCGCAAUCCCGGCAACAACCAGCCCUUCAAUCUGCGACCCACUCUGCCACCUCUGGUCGACCUGAGCGGGCAGACGGGCAAUCGUUUCGUCACCAGCACCAGACAGCAGCAUCACACGACGACCACCACGGUGACGCCCAGCACGACCGUCGACCCCGUCGAGGAGGACGACGCUCUGGAGACGACGACCACAACGGCGACAUCGACGACAACCGUCACGCCACCGUCGACGAGGACGACGACAUCGGCGACGACGACCAGCACCAACGCGCCACCGGCGCCUCCUCCUGCAGUGGUGUCGACCGCCGCUGGACAUCCGUCGACGUCGACACGAGACGUGACCAAUCGGGUGGCGGAAGAAUCAAGCGGCGCUGAUCGCGACGCGGCCUGGAGCAUCCAGGUGUACGGAACGUCGACGCUGUUCGCGUUGCUGGGCAUGUUCGCCCUGUCGAAUCUGCUGCGCCUGAGAUCGUCGACACGUCGGCUGCUCAACACCAGCCAUUGCCUCUCCAUCCAGCUGCUGGUUCUCUUCCUGGCCAUCACCCGCUCCAUCCAUUUGCUCUACGACGCCUACAAUCACAGGAGGCUCUUGCCACCCGCUCUAGCCUUCAGCAUCUUCAACGUGGCCUUUCCGUGUCUCAGUUCCGCCCUGGCCGUCCUCCUUCUCGGAAUCUUCAAAGCCACUAAACUGCAGGUGAUGCCGAGCGUGCUGGUUAAACCGGCACUUUGGGCGGCCCUGGUGGCGUUCCAUUUUGCUCUCAGCCUCAGCAUCGACAUCGUCGUGGGGUCCGUGGGCGGGCUCUUCUCCCUGCACCUGGCCAGCCAAGCCUAUUUCGUCCUCUGGUCGCUGGCCCUGUCGCUCGGCUAUCUGGCCGCUUUCGCUCCGGCCACCAGGGCCGCCGUCAGCCUGCAGACAGAGACCGUGCGCAGCCAUUUGACUGCCCUCCACGUCCACGGCGCCUCCCUGCCCAGAUAUCUGCCCCAUCCGACGCUUCUCAGGGCCGUCCGCGUCACUCUGGCCGCCGCCAUUUUGGCCCUGCUGGUCGCCGCCUUCCAGCUCUACGGCAUGUUCGGCGUUUACGGUUUACCGUGGCGCCAGCAGCCCAAUACGCCGGCCGGCAGCGCCAGCCUCGGCCUCGGCAACAGCGCCGUGCCCGUCGUCCUGACCGCCGAAUUCUUGGCCCGUUACCAAGGACUGCAGCGCGAGCGCAACCUCAACGUCGAUGCUCUGCGCGAGGUGCUGGGCCUUCCGUCCUCCUUGUCCAGCAUGGAACAAGCGGCUGACGAGAAGCGACUCGAUCACUGGCCAGUGGCAACCGAGAACUUUUGGCCAUGGUGGACCUACCAGCUGGUGGCUCGACUCCUCGAGUUCAUCAUGGCCGCCCUCAUUGCCUACGUGGCCGUCCAGCCGCUGCGCUACAAUCAAAGCACGCUGGCCGAGAAACAAGGUGAUGUCAGCGGUCAAUCGUCGACGGCCAAGAAAGGCUCCUUGUGGAUGUUUGCUGGCCGAUCGUUCAAGAACGGCUCAAUCGAGACGCUGUCAACGCUCUGUUGCCACAGCAACAGAAGUGCCAUGGCUCGUAACGGAGCUGGAAAUGGGGAAACGGCCGCUGGAGGUGUCAUGACCGACCUGUCGCCAAUUAAAUCAGUCACCUCCGACGAAUCUCCGUACCCACCGGCCAAUUUGAGGAAUUACUGCUACUCCAAUCCGACCUCAUCUCACCAACACCAGCACCUUCACCUUCAUCAGGUCCAGCAACAAAUGGAACGAUCGUCGAUUCCGCCCAACCAUUCGGCCACUUCCUCGGCUUCUUCGUCGGCUUUCACGACUCUCUACGAUUCGAAACGAUCGUCGUCACAGCAGCACCAGAGGCCGCGAUGCUCCAUCGCCAUGUCGCAUCCGCAGGUCUCCUCAGUUUUGGUCAACGACAGCGGAUUUAUUCGCUUUCGUGACGGCAUCGCCUCCGAUUCGACGGACCAGAUGGAACAACCCUACGAGGAAGUGGACCGACAGGUGCGAGGUGCCGCUGCCGCCGGAGACCCGCACCACUCGCACCAACAUAUCUAUCAGGAGCUCGGCUACAAGGCCCCGUCGAUGACGUAUUACUCGACCGCUUCGUCGAUGACUUCUUCCUCCAACACCAACAAAGGGACGGCCACAACGCCGUCCGUCUGUACAUACGAACAUCUUUGCCGCCGUGGUCUGGCCGGCUACUACGAACCGCAGUUGUACGAGAUGCAACUGCCCAAUAACGCCCAGUUACUGAGUCUGCUGGCCAAGGAAAGCUGCCAGGUGUUUCAGACGUGCAACAUUUACGGCGGAUCACUAGCUGGACAGCAUCCACCUAUCCCCGCCCAGCAUUUGUUGCGACACCAGCAUUGCCAGCACUGUCAGCACUGCAAUUGCAGCAGCUCCAGUCAGCAUCUGGCCAGUGGCGUUGACACCCAUGACGAAUCCCCGGCCGCUUCUCUGUGCGGCCAGAAAUCGUCCAAUUACGAAUCGUAUGGACCCAAACCUGAAGGGCAGAGCCCUGCCAAUCAGUCGGACGUCCUUCAGGUGAUCAAUCCCCCAGACAUGAGAAAUAUUCCAAUUUUCUUGUAAAGAAAACGUACAGCGACCGAACGGAAAGAGCCAGUCAGAACCAACAAACGAAUAUGUACCCAGACUCAACACGACCCACUUUCUCUCAAUAUUGAAUUCAUGAUAUUUCUAUAUUCAAAAUCAUUCUCUUCGUAUGCCUAGCUACAAAAGUUUAGCCCAACCGUCUUCCAUCUACUAUUCUUUAUUCGCAUUUGGACCUCGAAAGCAGAUACAAGUUCGUCGCUACGAUGUGCUUACAAAUUCAAUGCGGUUUAUUUGCAUAUCUGAAAGGAAAAAAUGAAUAAACACCCCCAGAAUGGCCUACUAGACGUUGGGAUGGCAGCUUCCAGAUGAUAACGGAUGAAGAACACAAGAAAAAGCUCAAGACAACUCAAACUCAAGACAACUCUUAUCUACGGCCGCAUCGGCUUGGCUUCGGUGUUGGGAAUUCAAGAAUGCAUUCAAGCUGGAACGUGAACGGAAUGAAACUAGGCUCAUCAGCCAAAUCUAGGUGGGAAUCGACAGCAAGAAAGGAGGGCACCAAUCAAUCAGCACCUCAGCGCAUCUCCUCCACGCCAACCGCCGUCCAGGAUUUACCGAGCGUGCCGAUACGAUUUCAACGAAUCCUCGUCAUGUGUCCGCCUCAUGACAAAAACCCCGAACCACAAUCGGCCGAUCCCAUUAGGAUGUCUGUACCAGCAGUGAUGAACACACGGUUCAGCCCCGAAUCCGUCCAUCGCUUACUUGCUCCGUCCAUCACACUAUCCAGCUGUAGUACGCUACUCCGGCUAUUAUAGAAAGGAUCAAAUAGGACACACCCUACGAGUACAGGCCCUCCUUUACCUUUCGCGCUCCUUGAAACGAGUUUCACCGAGUGGUGCUACAUUACGGCGGUGGUGCUUCUUCUUCCCAGCCACAAGUUUAAUCACCUGGUCAACAGUAAACAGAAGGAUCGCAACUCACCGUCCAGCAUGCCUUUGUGAUCUUUGACAAACCCAUGCAUCCAUUCCACACUUCAACAAGUCGGGAAUAAUGGCGAUAUCGACGAGCGAUAUUCAUAUGGUAGCUCAUCUCCGAGCCACGUUUACUGGAAUUAUAAUCAAGAGUCCAUCAUUGCUUCUCCAGUAUAGAAGCAAUCCUGAUGUUUACGACUGCAGCUACACAACAGCAUUGGCCGACCGACCCUCUCCAGAAGUCGAAGAUUUGAUACAAACCCAUUCAAGUUCUGAUGACGGUGUAUCGUACGAAUCGAGUAAUUUGACAACAUCUGUUCAUCUCCUUAAACCAGCAGCUGGAAUGCGGAGAAAGCACUCGAGAGUUGGACCAGUGAAGCCUGAAGAAUAGAAAUUCGAAUACUAAGGUGGAAAAGCUCUCUCUGAAUAUACGCGAAGAUUGAAAUGAACUCAGUUAUGAUUUUGUUGGUUCUCAUAUAAUAACACCCCGCUUGAUUUAAGAAAAUCAAUACCCGUAUGGAUUACGCUGUUCGAAUUAUGUACGUAAAGAAAAUAUUAUUGUUAUUUACUGUUGUAUAAAGGCAAACGUUGCUGAUCCGUCGGAACACUUUGACAUGUAUUGCGCGUCAUAUUGUUCAUGUUCAUACGUCUAAAUUCGCAAUUCAUUUUGUUUUCAUGUGACUCAUCAAUAAUUGUUCUCUUUGUUUCUUCAUUUAUUUUCCAUUUUUCCUAUCAUUUGGCUCCUGUCAUGUGGAGCAAUGUUGUGUUCCCAUCCCUAGUCUGUCGAGUGUAAUGUUUUAUGGGGCAAAUUAUCAAUCGCGACAUUCCAAUAAAUAGUUCUUUUAUUAGUAACUCAUAUGUUUGACAAUUCGGUGUAAAUAUUACUGUAUCUAAUUAUUCAUUCUGUAACGUGCAGCCAUGCUUGGAAGAUGAAUAGGAUUACAAGUAUAAACCAUU